UUGAGACACCGGCAGCAGCCCAAAUGAAUGAACUGCAGUGCGCUCAGAAAACAAAAAAGAUGCGCAUUUGUACAGCGAUUUCUUCUGAGGAAAGGCGAGAGAGAGAGAGAGAGAGAGAGAGAGAGAGUUGCUCGAGCAGGGAACGUGUUCAGCCUUCACUUCACCUCCCACAUGUAACGUGGCAGCCAGCGAUGGCAAAGCUCCUCAACAAGUGAAGCGUGCUGUCUUCAGUUCCCUGAACGAUCGCGCCAUGGUUGCGGUGAGCGCGGAGAGCCCCGUGGAUCAGUACCGGACGCUGGCGUACGACACCGCGCUCAGUACUUUACUCGCUGUGCUGGUGUAUGUGGUGGUGAAGGUGAGUCUGGACGGGAUCCGCCAGUGGCGGGCUCGGAUCUCGGUUCUGAUCGUGGGCUCGGGUCCGAUCGGUCUGACCGCGGCUCUGGUCGCUGUCCGCUCCGGUAAAGUGCUGAAACUGACUCUCCUGGAUGAGCGCUACCGGAGCGCGCUGCUCUGCAGACCGCAGCAGAUCGCGCUGGACCCCCGCAGCGUCCGCUUCCUCCUGGACCUGGGGGUGGAUUUUGACAACAUGGAAGGCUGCUGGCACAACGAGCACUUCUUCACCAAAAUCGGAGUGUUUCAGGAGUAUUUGCUGAGCAUCCUGGAGCAGAAGAAGCAAAAGGUUGACGUGAAAGUCCGUUUGGGUACAAAGUUUAGCGAGGAGUACCUGAGGAAGAUGCUGAGGGGUGAAUGGCCGCGGGUGAUUGUGGUUGCUGACGGUUCGUGUGGAGACUCCUGCUCGGUGCUGGGAAUCAGCGCUGAUUACAUCGUAGAAUCAUGUCGCGCUUACGGAGCCAAUGCUACUAUAGAAAGACUGGACCAGAGACAGGUGAGAUGCUUUUCAGAAAACCCAUGA